UAAGGGAUUAACUAAAAAUUCACUCUUGGCUGCUCAUUUUAUAUUUGGUGGGAUGAGAGAAUUGAGAUUGAUCUUCUUGGGAGUUCUACUUGUUCUUGCAACUCUUCAAGUGGCAAGUUCCCAUGGAGAUCAACCGCUUUCAAGAAUUGCUAUUCAGAAGGCGACUUUUGCUCUCAAUGACCUUGCUUAUGUUAAAGCCUCUCCUAGCAUUCUUGGAUCGAGUGGGCGAAAUUCAGAGUGGGUGACAGUUGAGUUUAGUUCUCCAACUCCAUCUGUUGAUGAUUGGAUUGGAGUAUUUUCUCCUUCCAAUUUUAGUGCUUCCACUUGCUCUGCAGAUAAUCCAAGAGUUUAUCCUCCCUUGUUGUGUUCUGCACCUAUCAAGUUUCAAUAUGCAAACUAUUCCAGUCCUCGGUACAAAAGUACAGGAAAAGGCUGGUUGAAGCUUCAGUUGAUUAACCAGAGAUCCGACUUCUCUUUUGCACUAUUCUCAGGCGGUUUGUUAAAUCCAAAGCUGGUAGCGGUGUCGAAUAAAGUAGCUUUCACAAAUCCAAAUGCUCCAGUUUACCCACGCUUGGCACAGGGAAAACUGUGGAAUGAAAUGACAGUAACAUGGACGAGUGGGUAUGGAAUUAAUGAAGCAGAACCUUUUGUGGAAUGGGCUCCAAAAGGAGGGGAUCCUAUGCGGUCCCCAGCUGGGACACUGACUUUUGAUCGUAGCAGCAUGUGUGGUGCACCGGCUAGGACAGUGGGAUGGCGUGAUCCUGGUUACAUACACACCAGCUUUUUGAAGGAGUUGUGGCCCAAUGCAGUGUAUACAUACAAGCUGGGACAUAAAUUGUUCAAUGGUACAUAUAUUUGGAGUCCAGAGUAUAACUUUAGAGCAUCUCCUUAUCCUGGUCAAAAUUCUUUGCAACGUGUAGUAAUUUUCGGUGACAUGGGAAAGGAUGAAGCUGAUGGUUCUAAUGAAUAUAACAACUUCCAGCGCGGGUCUCUUAAUACCACUAAGCAGCUUAUUCAGGACUUGAAGAACACUGAUAUAGUUUUCCACAUUGGAGACAUAUGUUAUGCAAAUGGAUAUCUUUCACAGUGGGACCAGUUUACCGCACAGAUUGAGCCAAUUGCAUCAACAGUGCCUUACAUGAUUGCAAGUGGUAAUCAUGAGCGUGACUGGCCAGGGACAGGAUCUUUCUAUGGGAACAUGGAUUCUGGAGGAGAAUGUGGUGUGUUGGCUGAAACUAUGUUCUAUGUCCCGGCUGAGAACAGAGCUAAGUUUUGGUACUCCACAGACUAUGGUAUGUUCCGAUUUUGUAUAGCUGACACAGAACACGAUUGGAGAGAGGGAACUGAGCAGUACAAGUUCAUUGAGCACUGCCUAGCAUCAGUUGACCGGCAAAAACAACCCUGGUUGAUUUUUCUUGCACAUAGGGUUCUAGGUUAUUCUUCUGGUAUCUCUUAUGCUGUAGAAGGAUCAUUUGCUGAACCAAUGGGGAGGGAGAGCCUUCAAAGACUCUGGCAGAAGUACAAAGUUGACAUUGCCAUCUAUGGCCAUGUACACAAUUAUGAAAGGAUAUGUCCUAUAUACCAGCAUAUAUGCACCAAUGAAGAGAAGCACUAUUAUAAGGGCACCCUGAAUGGGACAAUACAUGUGGUUGCUGGUGGUGGUGGAGCAAGCCUUUCAGAAUUUACAACUCUGCAAACCGCAUGGAGUUUAUAUAAAGAUUACGAUUAUGGAUUUGUAAAACUUACAGCAUUUGAUCACUCAAAUCUGUUGUUCGAGUACAAGAAAAGCAGGGACGGAAAGGUUUAUGACUCUUUCAGAAUAUCCCGGGACUAUAGGGACAUUUUGGCCUGCACUGUUGAUAGUUGCCCAAGCACGACCCUUGCAUCAUAAUUUUAUGUAUAGAGGAUUCUGAUUUCUUCAAUAAAUUCUCAUAUUGGACUAAUAUGUGAGUUCUGGUGUUCCACAGUUGAAAAUGCAAUUUAUUUAUCUUCUUUGA